AUGCAGCAACCUACACCAGUUACAAGUACUUUAAUAUCUUCUUCCUCCUCUUCCUCCUUUACUUCUUCCUUGCCACAAAUACCACAAUUUAUAGUAAUUCAUGAUAAAUCACAACAAAAUUGGAAACAUCCCAUUGUACAUUAUAUUUUCGAAGAUGAAAUAAUACCAAUUAACAUCACGCAAGAGCAUUGUAUUUUGGUUGGCUUAUCUGAAGAUGGUGAAAAGGUUGAAAACAUGUAUUCUUUGAGUCAUAAUUUUCAAAUAACAGAAGAAGAAUCUUCUAAUAUUUUCAGAUUGGAGGAAUUAGUUUAUGAGUUUAAAAAAAGGAAUGAAUUGUUGAGACAGACUAUAGAAUUUUCUCAAAAUUAA